AUGGCUUACCUUGAGCCCACCACUUCCAACCAUCCACCUCCUGAAGGUGUGCCGCGCCGUGACUAUUCCACGCCUCUGCCGUUCGCAUACGCCAGAGAGUCCGCUAAGACGCGACUAUCAACGCAACGUCCCGUGCACCUGGAGGAGAUUGUAAACCGUCCUCUCCAGACUAGCGGCCCCAGGCCCGGUGAUGUUGAACAGGCCCCGCACGAAUGGCCGCAGCUGAGGGAACAUUCACGUCGUAGAGAAAGAGUUCCAAAACCUGAAAUUCCUGUCCGGACAUAUCGUCCCACGGUCUCUGCAACAGAGAAGGCUGUCAGAGACAAUACGAUACCAGCCAAGACACCCGCCUGCAACUUCUCCAGGCCUCAUCUGGGGAAGUCGGGCCCAGUUCCGUCCCAUCCAACAGAAACUGGCCUGGGACGGGUCUUUCGCGAUGGCGUCAUGCACCAGAUGAGACGAAAGGGAAGCGUUGCCUACGAACAUGUGGAUGGCGUAAGUAUGGAUACACAUCCGGCCGCGUCCAACAGUGAUUAUGAUUCGAAUGAACCUAUCCCCGAGAUAGAAGCCCGGGAUGUCAACCAGAUCGAACCAGAAACGAAGUACGGCUAUGCUGCUUAUGUCGAAGGCGAAGGCGAAGGUGACCGAACUUCGUCAGCACGGUCCUCGCCAGCUUCAAAAUCUGCCAGUGAUGAAGUCCCGUCCCGUAAAUGGCCGGGCACAUCCCAGUCAACUAGCGCCACUUCAACGAGCGAUACAACAGCACCUUAUGGUUCGAAUGGAGUCAUCAACCCGUCAUUCACCAUGUCGGAUCAAACUUAUGGGGACGGAGUGCAUCGUGGAGUAUUGCCUGCGGACAAGCUUGCAUCUCCAUACGCCCAUCUGGAGGACGAUGGGGCUGCUUCUUCGUCGUCAGGACGGAGAAUAGAACUCGGCGUGAUCGAAGAAGAGGAUGCAGAAUCUCUUGCCGGUGGCAAUGGCGUAGACGCUGCGCCAUCGCCUGCUGUCCAGGGUGUGAAGCCCGAGGAAAGCUCCACUCUUCACACCUUGGAGCAUCUCUUGCCCAUGGGAGCGAAUGCUAAAAAGGAGGCAGGCGCACCAUCUCCAGCUGAAAGCGUGGAAGGUGGUGGUGCACUUCGAUUGCAACAGCCCCGGGUUCUUGUCGCACCUGGCAUCGGUCAUGACCCACAUGUUUAUGAACUUGAGGCAAUCAAUGCCACCCGUACCAACAGCGACCCAAGCAGUCCGUCGAGGAAUGGGACCGCCGAUGACAGUGUGGCAGAUAGUGCAAGCUCGCAAAGCUCUAGGGACACUGGUGUGGCGCAUUCAGUUCAGAAGGGUAUUUCCAAGGCGGCACACGCCAUUGAAGAGAAGGUGAAGAAGUCUGUCACUUUCAGCCCGGUCGAGGACGUCAGGUUUCUGACACCCUCGCCCAACCGGCUGGGAGGAGGCGGCAGACAUAAAGCCAGCAAACUCCAGAGCGGCAAGGCUCGCUGA